CCGGUACUCAAAGCCGGACCGGAAGUGGCACAACGGAGUGUUUUCACUGUGACACCGAAACAUGCAGGAUGAAAACAGAAUCACAACGAACCGAGAAAACUGCACUUACACCAGCUGUUACUGCGAAGAAAAUGUUUGGAAACUCUGUGAGUUUGUGAGAGCAGAAAGAACUGCACCCCUGGAACAGGUGUUUGCUGUUUUCAUCUCCAACAAGAACAGAACGGUUCCACUGUGGAAACAGAAGUCUGGACGAGGAGAUCAUCCAGUGAUCUGGGACUACCACGUCAUUCUGCUCCAUGUCAGUCCUCAGUCUGAUGCUAUGGUUUACGAUCUGGACACUGUGCUGUCGUUUCCCUGCAGCCUGCAGCUGUACGGCGCCAAAGCGCUGCGCUCUGACUACGGCAUCAAACCUGCGUUCCACAGGAAGUUCCGAGUCAUACCUGCUGACGUCUUCCUACAGAAUUUCGCCUCUGAUCGUUCACACAUGAGGAAAGCUGAUGGGUCGUGGCAAAUGCCCCCUCCGUCUUACCCCCCCAUCCACACAGCAGAGUCUCAGAUGAACUUGGAUGAUUUCAUCAGUAUGGAGAGCAGCGUGGGCUGGGGCAGCAUCUACAGUCUGAAUGACUUCCUGCAACGUUUCAUACAAAAAACCUCAUCUGAAACUUCAUCUGCAGCAGCUACAUCAUUGUCAUCGUAGUGUUACAGCCUGACUCAGUCAGAGUCACGGCAUCCAAACAAACCAAAUAUGAACAGUGUGUCUGUGGAACAAUGUGGAGUGUGUAACAGUACUGAACUAUGAUAUGAUGUCUAACUUCAUCAAUCAAAACCACAAACAUAUUUUGGCAUUUCCGUCUCCUACUGAAGAACAUUGAAAAUUAAGGAAAUUUUAAUAAGAGUAAGAUUAAACCAUUUUUAGUCCAACGAAAGGUCCAAUGGACUAUUGGUGCCAGAUGUCAUCGGUCUGUCGUCCAUAAACAGUUUUUCAAGAAUCUUCUUCUGAUUGAAUAAAGUCAACAGUCAGAUGUUUUUAUUUCUUGACAAAGAGUUCAGACUGAAUGAAACCAGUUCCUCAACAGAACCACACCUUCACCGAAG